AUAAAAGCCAGCCGUCUUCCUACUAUUUCCUUCAGAGUUGUCUGAUCUUGCCAUCACACUAGUCACAGACAAUGCGUCUCUUCUCCGCAACCGUCGUCGUCGCUGCUUUAGCAUCAUCAAUCUCUGCCACCCCCAUUGACGAAGAAAGUUGUCCCUGGGGCUCUUGCGAGACUAAUGCAGAUUGCAUCUGCCCUUGGCUUCAUUGCUACAGUAAUUUAGAGUGCGGAAAGUAAGGAUAUGAUAUCCUCUCGCGCUAGCCACGACUUCAGAAUAAGACGCAAGUCGUCCUCAUAAUUCAUCGAUGCGAAGAUCUUUACUCUUCGCAUCCGAGAGACACAAAUACAUCCUUCUACUAGCACUCUUUUUCCUUUGUACAGUUGUACUUGAAGUUCCAUUUCUCUUAUCAUUCGAACCCCGAGCCACUCGUUACCGACUUACGAUAGUAAACAGUGCUGUGACAGUGGGUCUGUACGUGAUCGUAUUCCUCCUAACGUUUCAUUGUAAAAGUCUAUUGUCUUAUCCCGAAGUCUCAUUCCCAAACAACUGUCUUAUUUUCGUCUCGUUCUAUUAUUGCCCUCGAACUUGCAUUUAACACCAAGUUCUUAUAUAUUAUGCAGUUGCGACUAGACUUACAGAAGUGAGUGCACUUACAGUAGUUUAACACCAUGCCAAAUUCUGCCAUGAACAAUGUUCACGCGCAGUUAUUGCCAUCGUGAUGAGAGAGUGGGAUUCACUUUUCGCAUCAGAUUAGCAUCGAAACAUCAACGAAGAACAGGGUCGGGUAAAGCGGUCAA